UGCGGUCACAAUAUUACACCUUGACUAUACGAAAUAUGAUCGAGUUGAGAUGCUACCGGAAUAGCAAACUAACUGAACAACUAGGGCAUAGAAAACUGUGCGCAGACAGUUUAGGCUCGUUAAGUUCAUCAGAUACUAUAUAUCUACAACACAGUGAGAGGGUCAAAAGCAAGGGUAACUCGAUCUAUAUCGGUAUAUUGCGAAGGAUGGGCAGCUCUCCACCUAAAAGCACCCUGCUAGGAUCCAAGCCGCUCGUGGGACAUGAGCAUCCGCAAAUGACAGAAGUCUUGUCGGGCGAGCACGACCGGUAUAGAAAACUAAAAAAUGCUUUCUUGCAAUAUGCAACGGCCCACGCGUGUGAAGAGAAUAUACAGUACCUUGUCGAAUUCGAGAAGCUGAAGGUACUGAGACAAAGAACCCUAGGCGAGAAAGACAGUGAACUGGCAUUCUACAGGGCAAUUGCCAUGGUUGAUAAGUAUAUAUUAAAAUUAGCUUCACAUUCCUUAAAUAUUGGACACACUUUGAAGAUGCGGGUGGAACAAAGCGUCGAUGCCUCUUUUGACGAGCUUUUCUCGGCGCUUAAAGAUGUGGCGCGAGAAGUAGCGUUGAUGCUCGAGUUAAAUCUGUAUGGCGACUUUAUCGACCAAACCUGUGGAUAGCUUCAAUGCGAUCGAGGGGUCGAGCCUCCGAGGGCCCUUAGUUUUAUAAUUAGUAAUAGUUUUAAAUGAGAAGCUGGAUACACACAAACCGAAACGAUUGAUUAGUCUUACAAGCCGAAAAUUGCGUCCUAAUAAACACAAAUAACGGUA